AUGGCAACACCACUUAUCACAUCAUCAAGCGAAGUAAGAGAUGUAACAAAAUUAGAAAGGAUAGGAGCACAUUCACAUAUCCGUGGACUUGGUUUAGAUGAUCGACUUGAACCUAAACCUAAUGCUCAAGGAAUGGUCGGUCAAACCAAAGCAAGAAGAGCAGCAGGUGUGAUACUUAAAAUGGUUCAAGAAGGUAGAAUUGCUGGUCGUGCAAUCUUAAUGGCAGGACCACCUAGUUCAGGAAAGACAGCUAUCGCGAUGGGCAUGGCGCAAUCACUUGGACCUGAUGUACCCUUUACCACUCUUUCGGCCUCUGAGAUCUUCUCACUCGAAAUGUCAAAGACUGAAUCACUCACCCAAGCUUUCAGGCGGUCAAUUGGAGUCAGGAUUAGAGAAGAAAGUGAAGUCAUUCAAGGGGAGGUAGUAGAAAUUCAAGUGGAUCGAAGUUUGACCGGAGCUGCUAAAACGGGAAAACUGACAAUGAAGACAAGUGAUAUGGAAACAAUCUACGAUCUCGGUCAUAAGAUGAUUGAAAGCCUUAACAAAGAAAAAGUUAUCGCAGGUGACGUGAUCGUGAUUGACAAAACAACCGGCAAGAUCACCAAAGUGGGAAGAAGUUUUGCACGUGCUCGUGAUUAUGACGCUAUCGGUGCUGAAACCAAAUUUGUACAAUGCCCAGAGGGCGAACUUCAAACCAAGAAACAGGUGGUGCAUACAGUUUCAUUACAUGAAAUAGACGUCAUUAACUCGAGGACACAAGGUUUUUUGGCACUUUUCAGUGGUGAGACGGGUGAGAUUAAGCCUGAAUUGAGAGAUCAGAUUAAUUCAAAAGUAGCAGAUUGGAGGGAAGAAGGCAAAGCUGAAAUUGUACCUGGAGUGCUAUUCAUUGAUGAGGUUCAUAUGCUUGAUAUCGAAUGUUUCUCAUUCCUGAAUCGGGCACUCGAAACUGAUCUGGCGCCGAUUGUUAUCAUGGCAUCUAAUCGAGGGUGGGCAAGGAUUCGAGGUACAAAGUACAAAAGUCCUCAUGGUGUACCAAUGGAUCUAUUGGAUCGAGCCCUCAUCAUUAGUACUUCUCCCUAUUUACCCGAGGAAGUAAAGCAUAUUCUUUCCAUUCGAUGUGACGAAGAAGAAGUUACCCUCACACCAACUGCACUCGAUAUUCUUACUCGGAUAGCUUCAGAGAGCUCUCUCAGGUAUGGAAUUCAGUUGAUCACAACUGCAUCAAUUGUAGCCAAGCGACGGAAGGCCAAAGAAGUAGAUGUAGCCGACAUUAAGAGGGUCUAUACACUCUUCUUGGACGAGAAAAGAAGUGUUUCCUACCUUCGAGAUGCAUCAAAUGCAGGAGAGUUUAUUGGAGAAGAUGGAAGGUUUGGUAAUAAUGCUCAAUUCCUUAAUGGAAAUCAUCCAACACCUCAAUUGCCACCAGAUGGACUUGUACCAACACCUGAUAGAAUGGAUAUGGCUUAA